AUGCUCACCAUGCAUUCUUGGUGCAUGUGUUACUCUAAUCCAUGCCACAACUAUGUUGUUACCUUGUCAAUGCCACAGUAUGUUAUAUUAGCAGCCACAACUUGUGAUGUACACUUUUGUCUACCUCCCAUACAUUGGUAUUCAAUGCAUGACAUAUCCCAACACAUCACACACCACUUCUAGUGUGAUUUCCAUGCACCUACAUGAAGUAGUGUGCAAUUGGGCAGUGUCGUGUACCCAUAUGUUUCGUCAUCUCUAAUAGCUUUAGCACUUGCUGACCUAUCACAAGCUUAAAUGGUGA